CUUCGCAGCAGCAUUCGUCGGCAGUGGCACUCGGAAUAGAUCCAUCUGCAGAUCUCGGCUCCUCAUGUCUCUCUAUCAACGGCAGCAGCCGCUGCCGCCGGCGGCCAAACCCUACCCGCUCUCCCCCCGCGCCUCUUUCAACGCUCAGACGCAACGCACCAUCCCCUCCUUCUUCCUCAGUCGAUCCGGCCUUGUCUCCAUCCUCGCUCUUCUCCUCCUCCUUGGCGUCUUCCUCCCAUUGUCCCGUCCCAUGGCCGCCCUCUUCUCCUCCUCCUCCUCCGUCGACGCACGCCGCGCAUCCGCAUCCCGGUGGAAGGACUACACGCUCGCUCGCGCUGCGGCCUUCGCCGCUCGCAACAGCACUGUCAUCGUUUGCGCCGUCAGCCAACCCUAUCUCCCCUUCUUGAAUAACUGGCUCAUCAGCGUCGCACGGCAGAAGCGUCAGCAGCAGGUGAUCGUCAUCGCCGAGGACUACGCCACCCUCUACGAGGUGAACCGCAGGUGGCCCGGCCACGCCGUCCUGGUCCCACCUGCUCCCGAUUCUCAGACUGCCCACAAAUUCGGAUCUCAGGGAUUCUUCAAUUUUACAUCGCGGAGGCCUCGCCAUUUGCUGCACAUUCUGGAGCUAGGAUAUAGUGUCAUGUACAACGAUGUGGAUAUGGUGUGGUUGGCGGAUCCAUUCCGUUAUCUUGAAGGCAAUCAUGACGUAUACUUCACCGAUGAUAUGGCUGCAGUGAAGCCUCUAAAUCACUCUCACGUUUUACCCCCUCCAGGGAAGAAGGGACGGACCUAUAUAUGCAGUUGCAUGAUUUUUCUUCGUCCGACCGAAGGAGCAAAGAAGGUAAUGAACAGUUGGAUUGAUGAACUCCAAAAUCAGCCAUGGUCCAAGAAAACAAAAUCGAAUGACCAGCCUGCUUUCAAUUGGGCUUUGAACAAAACUGCAGGAGAGGUGGAUCUUUAUCUGUUACCUCAAGCUGCAUUUCCAUCGGGAGGAUUAUAUUUCAAGAACGCGAGCUGGGUGAAGGAAACUCAGGGCAUGCAUGCCAUCAUUCAUAACAACUACAUUACAGGUUUUGAUAAGAAGAUAAAACGUUUCAAAGAAUACGGGCUCUGGUUGGCGGAUGACCAUACGGAUGAAUCACCACUCGGUCAAACGUAAGCAAACCUUCACUCAACUGUGGAUUUACCUAGUAAGAAAUCCACCUUCCAAACUAAUCGAAACUGCAUGAAAUUUUCCAUCGGUUAUUUUCUCCGCUGUUAAUUUACCCAUUGGAAUACUUACAUAUACGUGUUAUGUAUGUGUUGAGUACUUGUAUGUGUUGAGUGCCUUAGUUAGGAUCUUAUAUAUCUAUUUAUUUUUUUUGGUUUAUGUUUUAGCCAGAUUAAUUGGCUGCCUUAAGUACCCUAUAAUAAUUUUGUAGACAACCCUUUAAUAUUCUUCUUAUUCCUAACAUAUAUUUGCUUUA